AUGUUUUCCGAGGACGAGCGGGGAAUAUUCGCGAGGCCGGCCAAAUGCGGCGAAGCAGCCUUUCCCGUGCUCACGCCAUCCUCCGGACGUUCUGCCAUUGAUGAGGAAGUGGGGCUGCUUGACAUCACUCCAGGCAUGGUCGACGAGACCUCGCCGUUGAAGUUCCUUCAGAUUGUUGCCGUCAAGCCCUCCGAGGUGGAGAAUUAUCGAAUGAGCUCUCCAUUCUUCGUUGUCAUGGAGUUGCCGACCGAGUGCACAGUGAAUCAUCCCUGCUACGGCAAACAACGGCCGGAGGACUUGGGCAUCGGCUGUGCGAGGCACUGGAUGGUCAGAUUGGCGGCUGCGCUGCGUAUGACCUACGCUUUCUUCCUGGACGAUACCGUGAGGUCUUGGCGUGGAGUGACUUUAGUCGAGGAUACCCAGAGCCUCUUCGGGGUACCAGCCGACAGCACCAGGGCGCGAUUCACCCCUGUUCCCCUUGCCAGGGUUAUGUCCUACCUCGCGGAGCCCAAGUUCCUCAAAGAGGACAUGCCAGCAUUCGCAUCCUUCGGCUUCGCUAGGAUGGCUCCUGAGUUCCUCACCGUGCGCAAGGCCUUUUGCCGCGCUCAUGUUUACUCCGGAUACCUCCUGAACAUUUCGAAAAUAGAAAGAGAGCGCCUGAACUUCAAGCAGGAGCAGUUCAUCUGGGAGGACUUGGUCUUCAAUUUAGACUGUCACGACGUGGUGAGGAGCAACCGCUUCGCCAUGGUGAAAGUUCCCUUCAGCAGCGGUGGCUGCUCGGCGCAACUUGCUCGCAGCGACAAGGCCACCUACGUCCGGGACUACGCCAACCUCAGCGGAUGCCGGUUCCAAGCUUACGCUUUCGAUGGCUCGAAUAUGGCUGGCAGAGUGGCCGACGCCAAGCUCCCGGAGUGGAAGGACGCGGUCCAGCAAGCAUCUUUGAAGGUCCGGGAGUUCACAAAGCGGCUACAAGCCCAAGAGGCGUCUUUGCUGGAGUGCAUCGACGUUGCCUACCGCUUGGUCCUGGCAGAGGGCGUCCGCUCCGGAAUCAUCGCAACUUGCCAGGAGCUGUCGCUGUGGCCUCCACCUCCGAAUCCACAAGUGGAAGCCGACGACUGCUGUUUCCAGGAUACGUCUGCCCCGCUGCCGGUUAUCGCGCAGAGGGCCUUCAACGACGAGAAGCGACGUGACAGCCACGAAAGUUUCCGAUUGCUGUACAAGAAGGCUACGACGGCCUCUUUUCUAGUGGACUUCGCCUCGGAGGCAGGGCAAGCGCUCCCAGACCUGAAGCAUUAUCGAACGAUGCUGGACGAGUUCAUGCAGCGUGUGGAGGAGUGGACAGCACAUAGCAGCCGCUUUCAUCUCUGCCCACUCUCAAGGGCUGGGAACGCUUUGGUCAUCGGGCUCAGCCAGGGUGGGAUGGCUGCCGAAACGGCGAAGGAGCUUGUGGCACGCCGUUGGUCCAAGAACUGGGAAACAAACGUCGGCACGGCUGUGAAUGUCGCUGCAGCUGCCCUCGCGGUUGGUGCAAGCGUGGCGGCCUUGCGCCGGGCGUCACGGCCGAGGUAG